GAAGGACUUGGAACUGUAAUGGCAGGGGUUUCACAUUGUCCUGACUUUCAAGUGGACUGCUGACAUAUUCUCUCCACCUGAGAGAGUCCCCACCCCUGUUAGCUCUAGUUCCUGAAGGUGAGCCAGCCAUCUGACCUUGGAGUGGUCCACCCUCAAGACAUUUGGUCUUAUUCAGGCAAGAAGGAAAAAAUAAAACACCGUACAAGACACUGGUCAAUGUGCUGAACUGAAUCAGCUCGGGUGCUAAAUAUGUGUUAGAGAUACGAUCUGCCAUAGAUCCUUGCUGCUCAAAGUGUGGUCUCAGGCCAGCAGUUUGCUGUCAUUGUGAGCGUAUAAGGAGUACAGACUCUUUCCCCCACCUGAGAUGUACCAAAUCAGAGUCUGCAUUUUGACAAGCUCUGUGAGCAAUCUGUGUGCACACUAAAAGUUUGAAAAGCCCCGCUGUAGAUGGUCAGGUUCUGUUAACAACACUGUCAGCAUUUGUGAGGGAAGACUUGGGCUGUUUGUGUAUGUCCAGGUAUAGCUGAGGCAAUGUCACUUCUCUGUCCCAGGGCCAUCGAGCAUUUGUGUAGCCCCAAAGUGGGCUGUGACCCUGACACAUGAGCCACAGUGGGCUUGAAGAGCUCCCAGUGGGAAUGGGGACUUAAGUGGGGACUGGACUUGAUGACUUGGAAGGAGCCCUUUCAACCAAGUGCUGGUUUUGUGCCAGGCCGUGUUCUGGGCCCUGGGGUUACAGCAGUGAGCAAGACCAGUAGUGAUGAAUACUAUGGAGAAAACAAAACAGAAUAAGGGGGAGAAGGAGUGUGCAAUUUUAUUUAGGGCAUAAGUGCACCGAGAAGGUUCUACUGGAGCAGAGUGGAGGGAGCAAGUUGUUUGGAUAUCUGGAAGUAGAGAUCCAGGGAGAGAACAGAAAACAGUGUGCGUUCAUAUUUGAGGAAUAGUAAGGAGGCCAGUAGCGGAAACAAAAUGAAGGGCAGAAAUAGACAAGGUUAGAGAGGUGGGAGAUUAGAGAUGAGGGUCAACCGAAUGGGACUUUGUGCACAGUGUAAUAAGGACUUUGGACUUUACUCUGCCCAGGUGCAUACUUGUGUGGUAAAACAAGUGAUCUGAUUUAUGUUUCUAAAUGAUCACUUUGACAGCACCAAAUGCUGGCACAGCCGAAACUGGGUCGUCACUUAAUCAUUGCUGGUGGGCAUAGAAAAUAGUAUGGCUACUCUGGAAAACAGUUUGGCAGUUUUUUAUAGAAGAGAAUGUGCAAUUACUGUUUGACCUGGCAGUUGUACUCCUGAGCAUUUAUCCCAGAGAACUGAAAAAUUCUGUUCCCGUAAGAACUUGUACAUAGGUGUUUAUGGUAGCUUUAUUCAUAAUAGCCAAAAUGUGGAAUCAGCUUUGAUGUCCUUCGACAGGUGAAUGGUUAAGCUGCUGCUGCUGGUUAAGCAGCUUCGAUGUCCUUCGACAGGUGAAUGGUUAAGCUGCUGCUGCUGGUUAAGCAGCUUCGAUGUCCUUCGACAGGUGAAUGGUUAAGCUGCUGCUGCUGGUUGAGCAGCUUCGAUGUCCUUCGACAGGUGAAUGGUUAAGCUGCUGCUGAUGGUUAAGCUGCUUUGAUGUCCUUCGACAGGUGAAUGGUUAAGCUGCUCCGGAUACCUGCCACAACAUAGAAAGAAAGAACUCUCAGCCACCAAGAAAGACCGCGUGAACCAUUGUCUGACAAUAUGUGAAAACAUAGUGGCACAGUCACUCAGAAAUUCUCCAGAAUUUCAGAAACUUCUGGGCAUCGCUAUGGAACUUUUUCUGCUGUGCAGUGAUGAUGCAGAGUCGGAUGUCCGGAUGGUGGCUGACGAGUGCCUCAACAGAGUCAUAAAGGCCCUGAUGGACUCCAAUCUUCCGAGGCUACAGUUAGAACUCUAUAAGGAAAUCAAAAAGAACGGUGCUCCCCGGAGCCUGCGUGCCGCCUUGUGGAGGUUUGCUGAACUGGCUCACCUGGUCCGGCCUCAGAAGUGCAGGCCUUACUUGGUAAACCUUUUGCCUUGCCUGACUCGAAUAAGCAAGAGACCUGAGGAAUCUGUUCAGGAGACCUUGGCUGCAGCUGUACCCAAAAUUAUGGCUUCUUUUGGCAAUUUUGCAAAUGACAAUGAAAUUAAGGUUCUAUUAAAGGCUUUCAUAGCAAAUCUGAAGUCAAGCUCCCCGACCAUUCGGCGGACGGCGGCUGGCUCAGCGGUGAGCAUCUGCCAGCACUCGAGAAGGACGCAGUAUUUUUAUAGCUGGCUACUAAAUGUGCUCUUAGGUUUGCUGGUCCCUGUUGAGGGUGAACAUUCUACCCUCCUGAUUCUUGGAGUGCUGCUCACACUGAGAUACCUGGUGCCCUUGCUGCAACAGCAGGUCAAGGACACGAGCCUGAAAGGCAGCUUUGGGGUGACACGGAAAGAACUGGAAGUCUCCCCCUCGACAGAGCAGCUUAUCCAGGUUUAUGAGCUGACCUUGCACUACACUCAGCACCAAGACCACAAUGCUGUGACCGGUGCGCUGGAGCUCCUGCAGCAGCUGUUCAGGACGCCGCCACCCGAGCUCCUGCAGGCCCUGAGCACGCCGGGCGGCGGGCCGCUCACUGCCGCACACCGCCAGCCCGGCUGCCGGAGCCGUAGCGGCAGCAUCGUGGAGCUGCUAGCUGGAGGGGGUUCUUCAUGCAGCCCUGUCCUUUCAAGAAAACAAAAAGGGAAAGUGCUCUUCGGAGAAGCAGCGGCCUUGGAGGAUGACUCCGAGUCCAGGUCGGAGGGCAGCAGCCCCGCCUUCACAGCCUCAGUCAAGGGUGAGAUUGGUGGCGAGCUGGCUGCCUCUUCCGGGGUCUCCACUCCUGGCUCUGCCAGUUCAGCCACCGACUCUGUGGGCCACGACAUCAUCACCGAGCAGCCCCGGUCACAGCACACGCUGCAGCCAGACUCGGUGGAUCUGACCGGCUGUGACCUGGCGAGUGCUGCCACCGAUGGGGAUGAGGAGGACAUCCUGAGCCACAGCUCCAGCCAGAUCAGUGCCGUCCCGUCCGACCCGGCCAUGGACCUGAACGAUGGCACCCAGGCCUCCUCCCCAGUCAGCGACAGCUCCCAGACCACCACCGAGGGGCCUGAUUCGGCUGUGACCCCUUCAGACAGUUCUGAAAUUGUGUUAGAUGGUGCCGACAGCCAGCAUUCGGGGAUGCAGAUCGGACAGCCACCCGACGAGGAUGAGGAAGCCACGGGCAUUCUUCCGGAUGAAGACGCGGAUGCUUUCCGAAGCUCUUCAGUUGCCCUGCGGCAAGCACAUUUAUUGAAAAGUAUGGGCCACAGCAGGCAGCCCUCUGACAGCAGUAUAGAUAAAUUUGUCUCCAGAGAUGAAGCUGCCGAACCAGGAGAUCAAGAAAACAAGCCUUGCCGGAUCAAAGGUGACGUAGGACAGUCUACCGACGACGAAUCUGUUCCUCUUGUCCAUUGUGUCCGCCUUCUCUCUGCUUCAUUUUUGCUGACUGGGGAAAAAAAUGUGCUGGUUCCGGACAGGGACGUGAGGGUCAGCGUGAAGGCGCUGGCGCUCAGCUGUGUGGGGGCAGCCGUGGCCCUUCAUCCUGAGUCUUUCUUCAGCAAACUUUAUAAAGUACCUCUUGACACCAUGGAGUACCCUGAGGAGCAGUACGUGUCAGACAUCCUGAACUACAUCGACCACGGAGACCCCCAGGUCAGAGGAGCCACGGCCGUUCUCUGUGGGACCCUCAUUGCCUCCAUCCUCAGCAGAUCCCGCUUCCAAGUGGGAGACUGGAUGAGCACCAUCAGGACCCUGACAGGAAAUACAUUUUCUCUGGCGGACUGCAUUCCUUUGCUGCAGAAAACUCUGAAGGAUGAAUCUUCUGUGACUUGCAAGCUGGCUUGUACAGCUGUGAGGCACUGUGUCAUGAGUCUCUGCAGCAGUAGCUAUAGUGAAUUGGGAUUACAGCUGAUCACCGACAUGCUGACCUUGAGGGAUAGUUCCUACUGGCUGGUGAGGACAGAACUUUUGGAAACUCUUGCAGAGAUUGACUUUAGGUUGGUGAGCUUUUUGGAGGCAAAAGCAGAAAACCUGCACAGAGGGGCCCAUCAUUACACAGGGCUUUUAAAACUGCAAGAACGAGUGUUGCAUGACGUCGUCAUCUAUCUGCUCGGGGACGAGGACCCCAGGGUGCGGCACGUUGCCGCAGCAGCUUUGAUGAGGCUUGUCCCAAAGCUAUUCUAUAAGUGCGACCAAGGGCAAGCUGACCCCGUCGUGGCUGUGGCGAGGGAUCAAAGCAGUGUUUACCUGAAGCUCCUCAUGCAUGAGACGCAGCCUCCCUCUCACUUCUCCGUCAGCACCAUCACCAGAAUAUACAGAGGCUAUAACUUACUGCCGAGCAUGACGGACGUCACUGUGGAAAACAACCUCUCCAGAGUCAUCGCGGCAGUUUCCCGCGAACUGGUCAUGUCCACCACACGUGCACUCACAUUUGGAUGCUGCGAAGCUCUGUGUCUCCUUUCAACCACCUUUCCCGUCUGCAUUUGGAGUUUAGGUUGGCAUUGUGGGGUGCCCCCGCUGAGCACCUCUGAUGAGUCGAGAAAGAGCUGUACUGUUGGCAUGGCCACAAUGGUCCUCACCUUGCUCUCGUCAGCCUGGUUCCCGCUGGAUCUCUCAGCCCAUCAGGAUGCUUUGGUUUUAGCCGGAAACUUGCUUGCAGCCAGUGCCCCCAAAUCUCUGAGAAGUUCCUGGACCUCCGAAGAAGAGGCCAACCCAGCAGCUGCCAAGCAGGAAGAGGUCUGGCCAGCUCUGGGUGACCGGACCCUGGUGCCCAUGGUGGAACAGCUCUUCUCCCACCUGCUGAAGGUGAUUAAUAUCUGUGCUCACGUCUUGGACGAUGUGGCUCCGGGACCAGCAAUGAAGGCAGCCUUGCCGUCUCUGACAAACCCUCCUUCUCUGAGUCCCAUCCGACGAAAGGGAAAGGAGAAAGAACCCGGAGAACCGGCCUCUGUGCCCUUGAGCCCCAAGAAGGGCAGCGAAGCCAGUCCAGCCUCUCGACAAUCUGAUGCCCCAGGGCCUGUUACAGCAAAUAAGUCUUCUUCGCUGGGGAGUUUCUGUCACCUGCCUUCGUACCUCAAAUUGCAUGACGUCCUGAAAGCUACUCACGCCAACUACAAGGUAACCUUGGAUCUUCAGAACAGCACUGAAAAGUUUGGGGGCUUUCUGCGCUCUGCCUUGGAUGUUCUCUCUCAGAUCCUAGAGCUGGCGACGCUGCAGGACAUCGGGAAGUGUGUCGAGGAGAUCCUAGGGUAUCUGAAAUCCUGUUUCAGCCGAGAACCGGUGAUGGCAACCGUUUGCGUUCAGCAGCUGUUGAAGACUCUCUUUGGGACAAACUUGGCCUCCCAGUUUGAUGGCUUAUCCUCCAACCCCAGCAAGUCUCAAGGCCGAGCACAGCGUCUGGGCUCCUCCAGUGUGAGGCCGGGCUUGUACCACUACUGCUUCAUGGCUCCGUACACCCACUUCACCCAGGCCUUAGCCGACGCCAGCCUGAGGAACAUGGUGCAGGCGGAGCAGGACCACGACACUUCAGGGUGGUUUGACGUGCUUCAGAAGGUGUCUACCCAGCUGAAGACCAACCUCACGAGCGCCACAAAGAACCGCGCGGAUAAGAAUGCUAUUCAUAAUCACAUCCGCUUGUUCGAGCCUCUGGUUAUUAAAGCUUUGAAGCAGUACACCACCACCACGUCCGUGCGGCUGCAGAGGCAGGUUCUGGACUUGCUGGCGCAGCUGGUGCAGUUACGGGUCAACUACUGUCUUCUGGACUCGGACCAGGUGUUUAUUGGAUUUGUGCUGAAGCAGUUUGAAUACAUUGAAGUAGGCCAGUUCAGGGAAUCAGAGGCAAUUAUUCCAAACAUCUUUUUCUUCCUGGUAUUACUAUCUUACGAACGCUAUCAUUCAAAACAGAUCAUUGGAAUUCCUAAAAUCAUUCAGCUCUGUGAUGGCAUCAUGGCCAGUGGGAGGAAGGCUGUGACACAUGCCAUACCAGCUCUGCAGCCAAUAGUCCAUGACCUCUUUGUACUGAGAGGAACAAAUAAAGCCGACGCAGGAAAAGAGCUUGAAACCCAAAAAGAGGUGGUGGUGUCGAUGCUGCUGAGACUCAUCCAGUACCAUCAGGUGUUGGAGAUGUUCAUCCUGGUCCUGCAGCAGUGCCACAAGGAGAGUGAAGACAAGUGGAAGCGGCUGUCUCGGCAGGUAGCCGACGUCAUCCUCCCGAUGUUAGCCAAGCAGCAGAUGCACAUUGAUUCUCAUGAAGCCCUUGGAGUGUUAAAUACUUUAUUUGAGAUUCUGGCCCCUUCCUCCCUCCGUCCCGUGGACAUGCUUUUACGGAGUAUGUUUGUCACUCCAGAUACAAUGGCAUCUGUGAGCACUGUGCAACUGUGGAUCUCAGGAAUCCUAGCCAUUUUGAGGGUUCUAAUUUCCCAGUCAACUGAAGAUAUUGUUCUUUCUCGUAUUCAGGAGCUCUCCUUCUCCCCAUAUUUAAUCUCCUGUCCAAUAAUUGAUAGGUUAAGAGAUGGGGACAGUACUUCAACACCAGAAGAACACAACGAAGGGAGACAAAUCAAGAGUUUGCCAGAGGAAACAUUUUCAAGGUUUCUACUACAGCUAGUUGGCAUUCUUUUGGAGGAUAUUGUUACAAAACAGCUAAAAGUGGAAAUGAGUGAACAGCAACAUACUUUCUAUUGUCAAGAACUAGGCACGCUGCUAAUGUGUCUGAUCCACAUCUUCAAGUCUGGAACGUUCCGGAGAAUCACAGCAGCUGCCUCGAGGCUCUUCGCGGCGGACCGCGCCGAUGGCACUUUCUACGGCCUGGAGAGGCUGAAUGCGCGCGUGCGCACCAUGCUGCCCACGCACCCGGCACUCGUGCUGCUCUGGUGCCAGAUCCUGCUGCUCGUCAGCCACACUGACUACCGCUGGUGGGCAGAGGUGCAGCAGACCCCCAGGAGACGCAGUCUGUCCAGUACGAAGUCACUCAGCCCCCAGGUGCCUGGAGAGGAGGACCCUGAUGCAGCCUGCAGGCUUGGGGUGUGCAACAGAGAAAUAGUGCGAAGGGGAGCGCUCAUUCUCUUCUGCGAUUAUGUCUGUCAGAACCUACACGAUUCAGAGCACCUAACGUGGCUCAUUGUGAAUCACAUCCAGGACCUGAUCAAUCUGUCCCACGAGCCCCCCGUGCAGGAUUUUAUCAGUGCUGUUCAUCGGAACUCCGCUGCCAGUGGCCUCUUCAUCCAGGCGAUUCAGUCUCGUUGUGAAAACCUUUCAACCCCUACCACCCUGAAGAAGACGCUUCAGUGCUUAGAAGGGAUCCACCUCAGCCAGUCGGGCGCCGUGUUAACACUGUAUGUGGACAAGCUUUUGUGCACUCCGUUCCGUGUGCUGGCUCGCAUGGUUGACACUCUAGCCUGUCGCCGGGUGGAAAUGCUUCUGGCUGCAAAUUUACAGAGCAGCACGGCUCAGCUGCCAGUGGAGGAGCUCAGCAGGAUCCAGGAAUACCUUCAGAGCAGCGGCCUGGCUCACAGACACCAGAGGCUCUACUCCCUGCUGGACAGGCUUCGUCUCGCCACCGCACCCGGCUCACGUGGCCCUUCUCCUCCAGUCACGUCCCACCCGCUGGACGGGGAUGGGCCCCUCGCACUGGAGACCGUGAUUCCAGACAAAGACUGGUACCUACGUCUAGUCAAAUCCCAGUGCUGGACUAGGUCGGAUUCUGCGCUGCUGGAAGGGGCAGAACUGGUGAAUCGGAUUCCUCCCAGUGACAUGAGUGCAUUCAUGAUGAACUCGGAAUUCAACUUAAGCCUGCUCGCCCCAUGCUUGGGCCUGGGUGUGCGCGAAAUCUCUGGAGGCCAGAGGAGCCCCCUUUUUGAGGCAGCCCGCCUGGCCACUCUGGACCGUGUGAGCGGCCUGGUCCGGCAGCUCCCUGCCACCCACCGCGUUCUCCAGCCGUUCCUGCCUGUGGAGCCCACCGCCUACUGGAACAAGUUGAAUGAUCUAUUUGGGGAUGCUGUGUUGUACCGGUCCUUGACCACUCUGGCCCGGGCCCUAGCCCAGUACCUGCUGCUGUUCUCCAAACUGCCCAGCCAUUUGCACCUCCCUCCUGAGAAGGAGAGGGACACUGUGAAAUUUGUGGUCAUGACCCUCGAGGCCCUGGCGUGGCAUUUGAUCCAUGAGCAGAUCCCGCUGAGUCUGGACCUGCAGGCCGGCCUGGACUGCUGUUGCCUGGCCCUGCAGCUGCCCAGCCUCUGGAGUGUGCUGUCCUCCCCAGAGAUGGUGACCCAUGCCUGCUCUCUCAUUCACUGUGUCCGCUUCGUCCUGGAAGCUGUUGUGGUGCAGCCUGGGGAUCAGCUUCUUAGUCCAGAAAGAAGGAUGAACACCCCAAAGGCUUCCAGAGAGGAUGAAGUAGAUUCAAACACACAAAACCCGGCAUAUAUCACUGCAGCCUGUGGGAUGGUGGCAGAAAUGGUGGAGUCUUUGCCAUCAGUGUUGGCCUUGGGGCAUAAAAGGAAUAGCAACACCCCAGCGUUUCUCACGUCAGUGCUCAGGAACAUCAUCAUCAGCCUGGCUCGCUUACCCCUCGUCAACAGCUACACGCGUGUCCCCCCCCUGGUUUGGAAGCUCGGAUGGUCGCCCAAGCCAGGAGGUGACUUUGGCACAGCCUUCCCUGAGAUCCCGGUGGAGUUCCUUCAGGAGAAGGAAGUCUUUAAAGAGUUCAUCUACCGCAUCAAUGCACUAGGGUGGACCAGCCGCACCCAGUUUGAGGAAACGUGGGCCACCCUCCUUGGCGUCCUGGUGACUCAGCCCCUCGUGAUGGAGCAGGAGGAGAGCCCACCGGAAGAAGACACGGAGAGGACCCAGAUCAAUGUCCUGGCCGUGCAGGCCAUCACCUCACUGGUGCUGAGCGCAAUGACCGUGCCUGUGGCUGGCAACCCAGCCGUGAGCUGCUUGGAGCAGCAGCCCCGAAACAAGCCCCUCAAAGCCCUCGACACCAGGUUUGGGAGGAAGCUGAGCAUUAUCCGAGGAAUUGUAGAGCAGGAAAUCCAAGCAAUGGUUUCAAAGAGAGAGAACAUCGCCACCCAUCACUUAUACCAGGCGUGGGACCCCGUCCCUUCUCUGUCUCCUGCUACGACAGGUGCCCUCAUCAGCCACGACAAGCUUCUGCUGCAGAUCAACCCCGAGCGGGAGCUGGGGAACAUGAGCUAUAAGCUUGGCCAGGUGUCCAUUCACUCCGUGUGGCUGGGGAACGGCAUCACGCCCCUGCGCGAGGAGGAGUGGGAGGAGGAGGAGGAGGAGGAGGCCGACGUCCCCGCCCCCGCGUCACCACCCACGUCGCCCGUCAACUCCAGGAAGCACCGGGCUGGGGUCGAUAUCCACUCCUGUUCCCAGUUUUUGCUCGAACUGUACAGUCGCUGGAUCCUGCCGUCAGGGUCGGCCCGAAGGACGCCCAUCAUCCUGAUCAGCGAAGUGGUUCGAUCUCUUCUAGUAGUCUCAGACUUGUUCACCGAACGCACCCAGUUUGAGAUGAUGUAUCUGACGCUGACAGAGCUGCGGAGGGUGCACCCUGCAGAAGACGAGAUUCUCAUUCAGUACCUGGUGCCUGCCACCUGCAAGGCGGCUGCCGUCCUGGGAAUGGAUAAGGCUGUGGCAGAGCCCGUCAGCCGGCUACUGGAGAGUACCCUGAGGAGCAGCCACCUGCCCAGCAAGGUCGGGGCCCUGCACGGCGCUCUCUACGUGCUUGAGUGUGACCUCCUGGAUGAGACGGCGAAGCAGCUUGUCCCAGUCAUCAGUGACUACCUCCUGUCCAACCUCAAAGGGGUGGCCCACUGCGUGAACAUUCAUAGCCAGCAGCAUGUGCUGGUGAUGUGUGCCACCGCCUUCUACCUGAUCGAGAACUAUCCCCUGGAUGUGGGCCCAGAGUUCUCUGCGUCAAUCAUACAGAUGUGUGGGGUGAUGCUGUCCGGAAGUGAGGAAGCUACCCCGUCCAUCAUCUACCACUGUGUCCUGCGGGGCCUGGAACGCCUCCUGCUGUGUGAACAGCUGUGCCGUCUGGAUGCAGAGUCCCUGGUCAAGCUGAGUGUGGACAGAGUGAAUGUGCACAGCCCACAUCGGGCCAUGGCCGCCUUGGGCCUGAUGCUCACCUGCAUGUAUACAGGGAAGGAGAAAAUCAGUCCGGGCAGAACCUCAGACCCCAGCCCUGCCGCCCCGGACAGCGAGUCAGUGAUUGUCGCGAUGGAGCGUGUAUCUGUUCUUUUUGACAGGGUCAGGAAAGGCUUCCCCUGUGAAGCCAGAGUGGUGGCACGGAUCCUUCCUCAGUUUUUAGACGACUUCUUCCCACCCCAGGAUGUCAUGAACAAAGUCAUUGGAGAAUUUCUCUCCAACCAGCAGCCAUACCCUCAGUUCAUGGCCACCGUCGUGUAUAAGGUUUUCCAGACUCUGCACACCACCGGGCAGUCAUCCAUGGUCCGGGACUGGGUCAUGCUGUCCCUCUCCAACUUCACCCAGAGGACCCCGGUGGCUAUGGCUGUGUGGAGCCUCUCCUGCUUCUUCAUCAGUGCUUCCACCAGCCCAUGGGUCUCGGCUGUCCUUCCCCACGUCAUCAGCCGGAUGGGCAAGCUGGAGCAGGUGGACGUGAACCUCUUCUGCCUGGUGGCCACGGACUUUUACAGACACCAGAUAGAAGAGGAGCUGGACCGCCGGGCCUUCCAGUCCGUGUUUGAGGUGGUCGCGGCACCAGGAAACCCAUAUCAUCGAUUGCUGACUUGUUUGCGGAACGUCCACAAGGUCGCCACGUGCUGAGCGCCCACGGGGCAGCAGCACCAGAGCCGGGGGGGCCUGCCCACGCCGGCGUGGCUCCACACACAGGCCUCCCCUCGAGUCGCGCCAUGGCCGGGCAGGUGGUGUCCGGCUCUGCCACGUGGCAGAGGAGCUCUGUGGCAGGGAGGCUGCGUGCAGGGACCAUACGCAGUAACGUGGGGUUGAGCCUGAGUCCUUGCGGAGGGCAGGAGCCGCUGGUCACUAACCCUCUGUGCUGCAGCUAGUGCGAAAUGCCAGCUAACCGGCUGUUCCCGGCCUCUUAGUGCCCACCUGCCUGUGGUCACGAGGCUACAGCUGCUCUUGCGUCCGGGACGAAGUCCUCAGUCUUGCAGGUUGGCCACGGGUCUCUCUGCUGUCCCACAGGCAGAAGGUGGCGCCGGCAGGCUUUCAGGAGCACUCCCCAGGGCUCUGGCCUGGGGGUCAGGGCCACACCCGGCCCCCCGACAGGAAUGCCAUGGGGUGUGCGGGUUGGGGGGGGGGCUGGGAAUGCGACAUCCAGCGCCACACUUCCCUUUCUCUGUUUUCUUCUCAGGAUUUAAAGUUUAAUUAUAUCAGUAAAGAGAUUAAUUUUAAGGUAACUUUCUAUGCCCGUGUAAAGUAUGUGCAUUGCCAAGUCUGUGCCGCAUGCGACAGCGCCUGCAGAAGCCCCCCGAGCCGGUCCUCUCCCAGCCGCCCCCUGCUCUCUGUCCCGGAGCUCGUCGCACCAGACACCUGUCUUCCUUAUUAACACGCCGGCGAGGUUCUGUGGCGCACGCCACCCUUUCUCACGCAUCCCCAUGUGAUAAGAAUUUAGGGAUGUUUAAUGUUCAGGGGUUUGGUCAGGAAUUCACACAGCCCCUCUGAGGAUUGGAAGGUGCCCGCUCCCCUGUCCCGUGCAUGGGCGGUGCCUCUCUGGGCCCGCCCGCAGCACCCUCCUCCUCCCGCACGGACCGCUCUAAAGCUUUCGCUCCCCAGUGAAGGACCACUGGCACCGCACUGACAAGGCCAGCCCACCUGGUUGCGGCAGUCUGUCGUGUCCAGCGACGCCGGCCCGGAUGUCCUGCGGUCCUGUCCCGAGCAGAGACUGGGCUGCAGUCUGCCCAGGGGCUGACGAGCCGUUGGGGUCUUCCCAUGUGAUUUCUCUUGUGUGUUAGGGGCCAGGCAUGUAAUAGAGUUACCUUUGUCUGCACCCCUCUUGGUCAAGAGCAAAGUUUGGUGUCUUGGCAACCAUUAGAGAAGGACCCCGGCACCUCCUCCAUCUCCUUUCCUGCUCAGCCCGUACACUGGGCCUCUUUUCGGGAGGGUGUGGAUCUAUGCCCACUGGACCCACGAUGGGGCUCGGUUGGAGCAGGCAGGGACAGGACUGGGCAGCGACUGGACGGCCUGUGGCCCCUCAGAGCUGCUGCUUCUACCCUAGACCCAGGCCACCAGACCAGCUUUCUGUUUCCAGCCCCAAAGUAGCCAAAUCGUCCGGUGCAGAUGAGGCCUGGACGUUUGGGUUGGCCUCUACUGGGCAGAGCCUGUGGCAUGCCUACGAGUGGGGCUGUGCUUGCCGUCUGACGAUGCCGGCGGGCACUCUGCCUUCUUGGCCCCCAGAGGCGGGCCGGUCACGUGAUGACUGCCAUGCCGGUCAGUUUGGUCGUGAGUUCAAGCGCAGGCAGCAUUUUGGGUAUUUCAUGUGGUAAGUGGAGAUAAACUUGAAGCCCUUUCCCAGGGUCUGCAAAGGAGUCUUGGUGCCUGGUUAGUUACCCUGACGUCUGGCCAGUAUGGGCCUGACAUCCCACCGCAGCGCACACAGCUCUGCGGGGCUCACACCAAACUGCCUGGAGACCCCCAAGCUGACCCCCUGCCCCAGAGCUGCCAUUUCCUUCCUGCCCUUUCCUGCUGCAGCGGUUUGGGACCUACUGGGGUGCAGGGUUUUCCCACCAGCCCCCACUGAGGCCCCACUGAGCCAGGGCGUGAGUGGUAGAAAUGGGUCCCAUGUCUGAGCAGGACCGGAAGGGAACCUUAACGGAAAGUAAGUCACCAUCGUCCCCCACCCCCGCUGGGCUCCCAUUUCUCAUCCUGCCGUUUCCCAUAAGAAGCCUGCUAGCAUGUUUGUGAGCGCAGGAAAGUGCUCCAUCCCCCCCACCAUCACCUCCAUAGCUCUGAGCACCCCAGGCCACGUGCUGUUCCUGCUGAGGAGUUUACAUCUGUAGGAAGUAACACUGUGAAUGUGAGGUUUGGAACCAUUCCCCUUAGGAUCCAUAUCACUGGGCUCACCUGCAAGCAUCAUUGGUCUUCCCUUGUUUGCCACUGACCCGAAAUGGUCUUAACAAGGGGGCCUGGAGCCCAGCUCUGGCCGUAGGUGCCGACCCAGAGACUGGCCUGUGUGCUCAGAGAUGGACAGGAGUUGGUGAGUGAAGUUCUUUAGGCAGGGAGAGGAGGUGUGUGUGUGCCUAUGCGCAGAUCUAUAAUUACACGCGUAUCUCAGUAUGCAAAUACGCAAGGCUACCAAGAAUGGCCGCGUCAGUUCUUUGCAGAAGUCGGCUUUUCUUAGCCGUGCCACGGGGAGUCGGCUGCAUGGCAGGGACGUCUAGGAACUGUGUCAUUGCUCAUUAAAAUCCUACUGAGGAAAGGGUCUAUCCACCUUGCCAGCUCUCUGCACAAGGAAUUAAGACUUUAUCCAGUUCCUAGAAGUCUGUGGCAAGCAGCAGUCAUACCAUCCAAAUGUUGAAAAUGCUAAUUUGGCAGGUUUGUUUGCAGGGGGGGGGGGUUGUUUUGCUGCCGACACUUUGAGCACAGACUUGAGUGAAACCAGGGUGAUGCACGUGCCUUCCCCAGAAACGUGCCUCCCUACCCUGUUGCCCCGCUGGGGGCUGCCAGUACCCACUCCUCCCACCCUAUUUUUGCCAGCAAAUGGAUCUUUUCCGGAGGAUGAAUGUGGCUGACCCCUCCAGACACCCCGAAUGUAGCACCAGAAGGCUCUGCCUCUUAGAGGACCCCCAGCCACACUGAGGCCCGCCCCAUUGCGGGUGUCACUCCCAAGUCCUCAGGACCCCGGGCGGCUUCUCCCGGGAGCUGCAGCAAGCCCUUGUUGUGGGUUCUGUUGGAACAGACUCUGACCAGCAAGAACUGCUCUUGGCCGUCGUGUAGCCAAAGCUUCCUCCUGCCACGGGGGCUGCACGGGGCGGGGUUCUCUGGCACUUGGGGGCAGUCGAUUCAUUUCCUCUUGAUACUGUGAGCAUCCUUCCCAGCAUACGUCCUCACUUUGUGUUGUGUCCCUCCCUCUGCAGUGAGCCCUCGAAGCCAUGGCUGCUGGCCGUGUGACCGUGGGGUGGUUCUGUGUGUGGGGCAGGGGGGCAGCAGCAGGGGAGCGGCCUUGCUGGAGAGCUCAGGAGGGCUGUGCUGGUGCUGCUGGCCUGGAACGUUCAGGGGUCACUUUCCCCUGCGCACCCGUCACUUUUAAUGCAGCUGAAGGAACCCCCUCCCUCAGACCCGAGUGCCUCUGGGAGCACCUGGCCCUGGACAGUCACUGCCGUUUCCCUGUGCAAACAGGGUGGUGACCGCCGGCGCCGGAGGAUGGUGGCUGUUGUGGACCUGCCGCACGUGGUUGGUCUCUGAGUGGGGCCACCUGUGCACACUCACUCCUGGGCACUGCAGCCGAGUGUCUGUCGGCAGGUCGUGUGCUCCUGCCGCGCCGCCCACCACCGCCACCCCACGCGCGGGCCAGCAAGGCUGUGAGGGGCACGUCCCGGAGCCCUGGCCCAGACCUGACUGUCCGCUUCCAAGAGGAGAGGGAAGGACUGACAUGCGAUGUGUAUUUAAGUUUUUAAACUGCUGCAAACGUUGUGUAUCUGAAUUAAAGGGAA